AUGGCGUCAAAAACAUGGCUGAUCACCGGCGCCUCCUCUGGCCUCGGCGCCGCAAUCGCCGAAGCAGCACUCCAAGCCGGCCACAAAGUACUCGCAACCGCCCGCAACCCAACAAAGGCCGCUGCGGAGAACCCCCAAAUCUCAAAGCUGGGCGGAACCUGGAUUGAGCUGGACGUAACCCAGGUUGAGACCACUAAGAAAGUGGAAGAAGCGAUCAACCAGGCUGGCGGUGUGAUCGAUGUGGUCAUCAACAAUGCUGGAUACUCGCUGCUCGGUAGUAUUGAGGAUAUGAGCGAGGCAGAGAUCCAAACACAGUUCAGCACGAAUGUGUUUGGUGCGGUGAGAGUGCUCAAGGGUGCUUUGCCGUUUAUGAGGAAGAGGAAGUCCGGGACGGUGAUCAAUAUCAGCAGUUCUGCGGGAUUGGAUGGGUUGCCUACUUGUGCGAUGUAUGCGGGCUCAAAGUUUGCGCUGGAAGGUAUGUCCGAAAGUCUGUCGAGAGAGCUAUCUCCCUUCGGUAUCCGAGUGCUAUUGAUCGAGCCAGGCGAAUUCCGCACAAAGUUUCUGUCUGCAUACGUCGAGCCGGCCGCUGGCAUGAACGAAGGGUAUACCGGAACCCCUCUCGAAACAUUUCUCCAAGCGUUCAAGUCAAAAGAUGGAAAACAACAAGGUGAUCCUGCCAAAGCAGCACAAAGGAUCCUCGACGUUGUCACGAAUACCGGCAUGGCUGCUGGAAAAGAAGGGCUUUUGCGAGUGCCGCUUGGCAAGGACUGCUAUGAGCGUUUCCGGGUCAAAUGCGAAUCGAUGCAGGAGAAUUUGUUGCAGAUGAAGGAUAUUGCCCACUCGACUGGCUAUUGA